AGCGUGCUUUUCCUCUUGUCAACGUUUAUCCAUAAAGUUGUCUGAUUGGGAGGGGCACAGCAUCGGCUGUAAUAUGUGUUCUACCCUUUUUCUGUUUUGAACGACGUUGAGAAUCUUUAUGUUUCCUCGUGCAUAUACUGCACUUUAUUGCGUGGUCUUCGUGUCGCACUGAUUGCUGCUAGCAGCGUCGCGCGUGUUGUCUGAUUGAUUUCACUUUUCUGUGUUUCCUCGCCGUUUUGUGGUGCGUCUAUCAAACGCCCUCUUCUGCUAUUUUACUCAACAACUGGUAUAUCUGGUAACCGCUCUCUACGGUACUGUUGCAGUUGCAAACGUCACUCGAAUUACUUUCUAGUACGUCGCUUAUAUACGUAACUCUGCUUCGUUAAGUUUUCCAUCGAGUUUCCACGUCACCGCUGACACCUUGGGGGGGAGGCUGGGUUUUCAUAUAUAAACAUAUACAUAUAUAUAUAUAUAUGUGUGUAUUUCUGUUGGCAUACUCACUUACAAGCACUUCAACUCCUCUCCUCCAUGACUGUCUCACUGCACAGUCUCAUUGAGGAGUGGGAGGCGAUCAACCAUGACCUGUUCAAAGCCUCACUGGAGUCUCAUCGUCGCUACCCGUUUCCCGUUAGCCUCUUUAGCCCGGACUCAGUGACCGAUCUGCCAUCGAGUCGUUCUGCAGCCUCAUCCUCGUCGACAUCUGACUCUAGCACUGCAGCGUACGCCCGUGUGUACCACUGGGUCUCUCGUGUACGCCACAUCGCCGAGGAUGCCCGCUACAACUCUUUUUUCAUUCUCCAACACCUUCUCUGGGUGACCAUCAUUGCAUGGGCCAACCAGAUGGCGGUGGCCUCGGGUGGGUUAGUGGUGCUGCCCGCCAGCGUGCAGCAGCGGAACUCAACGGUACCAUCUGCGGCUGAUGCUGGGUCGUCAGGGCUCAUGUCUUUUCGUUGCUCGUUGCUCGCACCGUUAACCUUCUGGGACCCAGGUCUCCUCGGAGAGGCCACAGGCGGCUCGCCACAAGACAACGACAUUGCUACGGAGAAUUCCAUGAACGUCUCGAUGCACCGCACACCAAACCUACGAGUUGUGUGGGCUGACGCCGUACAACGCAUUAUCGCAGUGUGGUGCACGACAACUGCCACGUCAUCAAAGUUUCGGUCAGACGCUCAGGCCGACAACUCCGGUUCUGGACCGUCUUUGUCUCCCUCCUCUUCCCCGUCUUCCCUCGCAACUACUGACGGUGUGCGUGCGGCGUCGGCCGGGUUUCACGUGAAUAACGCGUACGCGUGGGUGGUCCUCGCUCAGCACUACCAUCGCUUCAAAGCCAUCUUGGCUCUCUUUUUUCUGCGUUACGACGCGCACGUGGAAGAGAUGGAGGAGCUGCGGCGUCGUCCGGGCCAGCAACAGCAGCAACAGUUACGCACGGAAGCGAACGAGUUGUCAGGUGGGGCCUCUGGCUUCCAUCCCUUAGCACCGCCGCUGCGACGUCGUGGGCCACAUUUGCGCGUGUCUUCGGAUGUGAGUGGUUCUUCGACGUUGUCUACUGCGGCAAGAACGGCAGCGACGGGCAGAAACCACCGCAGCGGUGGCGACGCGAGGCUGAACGACGAGCGCACUUCAGAUGAUCGAACGCCGAUGACGGCGACUGCGUCGAAUCGGUCCUCUCCCCCACUGCCUACCACUGCCCGUUUGCUCGCGCUCAUUAUGCGCAACAUCGAGACAGAGAACAUCAACGCUAUCACGGAGGCAACAGGAGAGACGCUCAUUUUGUUGUUCAUGCCGCCGGUGCACCGCGCGCGUCUUCACGAGAAACUGGUGAGAUCGCAGCAGAAACAGGGGAGUUUCGGAGGUACAGACGUGGACGCAGAAGCUAAACGUGACGUACGCGGUGUGCAACAAGGCAAAGAAGAUUCGCUGACGGAGCCGGAAAGAAUGGUCGGCGUCCUCCUCGACGGCUGCGCGAUAGAAGAGGAUGAUGGCGACGACGACAAGGUGGUGUGGUCGGCGCCGCUGUCGCCGCUGCUCUCCUUCGCAAGCGGCGCCGUGCCGCCCUCGAGUGUUCACCUCACACCUGCGGACGAGCGCGUCUCUCCUGGCAACGCCAAUAGCAAUGGCGAAAUCGACAACAAAAGCGCGGUGAUGCGUGUGCCACCUCUCCUUGGACGAGCGCAAAAGGAGGAAUAUGUGGUUCGCAAUAUGUUCAAGCUCCUUCUCAUGAUAGAGGACUGUCGAGUGCAUGCGUUACAGAAUUGGCUGAUGGAAACUGGGAAGCAUGUUGUUGCCGUGUAUGGUUCCCAACUGGCCUCCUUCUUCUUUGAGGAGCCGAACGCGUUGGAUACAAAGUCAAACGAAGACGGGAACGAGAACGAGGACAGCGGUCUCGCGGUGGGAACCGUUUCUACGCCGGCGCUAACAGUCCGCACGUUUGCGGAUGCGAAUCGGGUUCUGCGUGAGACCAUCCAGUCCUACGUGCGCCUGCGGACGAAACUGCUGUUUUUUAAUGCCGGCACCACACACUUUCUAGGGGCACUGACGCCGUGGGGGCGGACGUACGUGCUGGAGCACCUUAACGCGUUUCUGUGUGGAUUCUGCGGCGUCACCCUACCCUCUUCCUUUCCUUCGAAUGCCGAUCGCACAACAGACGCGGCGCAGUAUUUCACGCCGACCAACGCCGCGGUCGCCACCUUCGCGCGGAGGUGGGCUGUUCCGCUGUGGCUUGCUAUGUGCGAGGACGCGCAGCAUCGCCUCGAUGCCCUGAAAAAGUCAAAGCAGAAGGGGGACGAUCAACGCCAGACGGCGACGGCGAAAGCAUCAGGGACGGGGACGCCGUCGUCAAGUCAGCGGGUGGCAGCGCAGAAUCCUGAAAAAAGGGAAGAAGUGAACAACGCGAAGUCACAACGUGGCGUGCGGAGUGAGGGCCACGGCAGUGCGUCGAAAUCGUCCUUGCCUUCUUUUGCUGAGAGGGAUAAGAAGGAAUUGUCAGCAGGCGAGGUGGCGGGUGUGGGUGAAGAAGCGGAGUUGCGGAGUACGACAGAAGGACAGGAGCUGUCUGUUGCAUCUGCCGACUUGGGCGAUGCUGUGUCUCGCGCCCCGAGUGAGGCGUGGCCGCCUCCUUCGCUCGCGACAGGACGAAGCGCCACCGGCGGCAGUGGCGGUGGUGGUCGUGGUACACGCAACUUCGCGCAUGCGCGCAGUCGUGGCGUAGACAUGAGACGUGUCCUACAGCAGCGUCAACGUCAACGUGUGCCACUCGGGUCCGUGUUGCAGCGUCGUCACGCGGACACUGGAGUUAGGAGGGCAGCUCUUCAAGGGGAGUCGAACGGUAGUGACGGUGGGGGACUGGAGAGUCUCGACUCGGCAGAGAUGCUUUCCAUGGGCGAGACUUCACAAUUCCUUGCCGCCACUUCAAUGAAUGUGACUGCGGAGGGCGGCGCACGCGGCAACGAUGACAGCGACGGCACCGCACGGGACGGUGUGAAUAGCGAGGCUGGCUCAAACGAAGCGUACCGCGGCGGAGGUGGAGAAAUAGGUGUUCCAGCCAACAGCGUCGAAGUGGCAGUCGCUGCCGCACGUCACCGGCGUCGACAAGUUGCAGCGGCAGCGCAGGACCAAGGAACUAUUGUUGCCGCCCCCGGCAUCACGCCCCGCUUUUCGCGAGCGGAACAGCUUCACCAAGUGGCGACACUGCCCGAUGAGGGUUUUCCGAGUCUAACCUACCUCAUGCCGCGCCGCAGCCGCUUCAUUGCGCAGGACAAGGCCGCUGCCUCGGUACAGCAGAAGUUGUUUACGCGAUUCAGCAGCGACGUGCACAACUACCUUACCAGUUUCCUCGCCGACUGUGAGGCAUCGGAAGGAGAUAAGGAGGGGAAUGACGGCGGCAGCGGUACGACGACGGCCGGGAAGACAACAACGGAUGCCACCCCCAGAGCGGCGACGGGAUCGGACACGAAAGCAAAGAAAAGGAAGGAUACAGCGGUCCGCCCAGCUCUAAAGGAAGACGUGCGACCGCUGCCGCAAGCCAUGCUCACACGCAUGAUCUUCCUGCUCGACAUGACCUACGCCGCUCUGCAGGGCAGCGACCACGGCGACGCCAAGGGUCCGUUGAUGGAAACCGGACUCACAGCCACAGGUCAGGAACUCGGCGUCUCCAUCUUGGAGCAGGACAAUGGCGAGUACGAGAGCGUCGUGUCCACCACCUUGUCCGCGCCGACCUCACCAGCCAUCCUGACCAUCGCCGCGGUUCGAAAGGGGUUUCAGGGAUUCUUCGCUACAAACGAAAAACGCGCGGCGCUGACGCUGGCGCAGGCGCUCUACGGCCUGAUUCAGCAAGGGAUUGCCCGGCAGCCACCCACGGUGUCUGUCGAAGCCGUUGACACGAUCCUGAACAUGGCCUCGUUGCUAAGCUCGAAGGACAUGUUUGUGUCCUUGAUGAAGGGCUACAUCGCACCAUCGGUGAUGAUGUGUCGCUUGCUGAGCGAUACUGCGGUGGAAUCGCAGGUAGUGGCGCGCAUGGCGUACCGCCUGGGAUCUGCUGUGGCGGCACCGUGCCUGACGCUCCUACGCGAUCUGCGACUGGCGGCAUCAGACCCCCUCAACGCAGUAAGUGAGCCGCUCUCUCUGGCUGGCGAGGGCGAAGAUGGAAUGGGAGAGAGGGGACAAGAGAGCCACGCAAACUACCACAACACUGAUUCAAAGCGUAGCGGCAUAAUAGUGAAGGACGCGCAGCGCGUCGCCACGCGUGAGGUUCAAAUGCUCGCCGCCGCUGGUUCUUUGCGCCGCGGCUCCUUCGGUCUUAUUCACCGCGUGCGUGUCCUCUGUCAGGCGUGGUGGCAGCCGCACACCGCCGUCCUCCUCUCCUCCCGCACGCUGCAGCGGCUCUGGGAGCGCUACCAGCUGCUAGAUGAACGCAUCAUCGACGCCGUCCUGCGUGUGGAGUGGCGCUACGAGGGACACACGGAGCCGUUCUACGGCUACGGCCGCAUUGCCGGCGACGCAGAAGUCAACGAGGGUGACACAGACGAUGACGGUCGAAGUCGGGGUGGUGUAUCGAAAGGGGAACACGCGCGCUCCGGCAGCAGUGGUGCUAGUAUUCGGGGCACUGCGUCUGCCACCGCCGCCAACGUGCUGAGCGGUGGCACCGCAGCCGCCGUGAUCCAGGGCUUCUCGUCGGCGCUGAGCAAUGCUGUGCGUCGCACCCGGCACCACGCCGGCGCCUUCGGCAACAACGAGUCGGACAACGAGUCGGAGGACUACAGUGAAGCCUAUGGCGGCCUCCUGACGCUGAACACGCUGCAGCAGCACCGCGGCGCCUACGUUGCGUCGAACUCCUCGCAUCGGGGCAGCAACGUCUCCUCGAUGGGCGGUGGCGGCGGCGCGGGAGCGGGGGAGCGCUGGGACAUCUCCGACGGGGGCCAGAGCACCGCAGUCGACGAAGCCGCCUCCACAACGGUGCCGCCCGAUGGGGAGCGGGAGCGGCGGCAGCUGCGGUGGCCACUCGGUGACGGCAAGCUCGUCUUUCUCCUCUACCCGAAAGGAAGCUCCACAGUCACCGCCGCAUCGCAGGCGGUGCAGAUCACCGGGCCUCCCCUCACAUUGCUUGUGUGCCAACUGAUGGAUCGCGUCGCCGAGAACCCCUACACGUUUGACAAACUCCACAAGGCGUUGCCAGCGCAGUCGCCGAAGCCGCUGCUCGCCCACUUGCUGCACGAGCUAGUGAAGGCGGGCGUCGUGACGCGCAGUGUUCCCGCUGGCAAACGGCAGUAUAUCUACCAGCUCCGCGCCGACGUCCAGCGAGUGCAUCAGCGAAAGGUGGUGAUAGACAUUCAUGCCGCGGCACAGCAGCAGUGGAUCGUGCGUACGUUAACGGCCGCCGAGCCGGAUGCUGAUGAGGACGCCGAUCGCCGGAGUCAGCGUGACCCGAUGUCUCCUGCGAACCCAUCUGGUGCGAAUCCGUCCUUCUCUUCUACCACUGCACACGGUGCGCGUAGUUCGUCUGUUGCAUCCUAUCAUGCUGAAGCGUCAGGUAACGCUGCGGGCGCGCGAGCCGGCGGCGCGACAACAAGAGCAGCAGCAGCAGCUACAACGGAGCAAAGCUCUGCCGCCUGUUUGACCGAUCGCACGCACAAGAUCAAAGUGUGCAUCGUGCGCAUCAUGAAAGCGGAACGGGUGCUGCCCCACCGUGAGCUGCUGGAACGCGUUGCGGCCGCCUUGGAGGACCAAUUUGUGGUGACCACCGCUCAGUUUAAGCGGUGCGUGGCGCACCUCCUCGAAAAGGAAUUUCUGCAACGCAGCGAUGACGGUGCCGAGUACAUGUACUCGUCGUAG